AUGUCAUCUUCAGGCGGCUAUGGCUCGGGGUAUUACACCUCUGGUGGCUCAUCACCCGCUGUUCACCAAGACACAUUUCGAUCUUCCAAAAGCCGCGAUUAUCAGGGCGACUCUACCUAUCGGUCCGCCCGAGACAAAGAGGUCGCCGUCCACAACCAUUAUAGUGCCGGUGCUGAUGAGAGUGGCCCGCACCCUCCGUACAGAAGCUCAACAUCGACCAAGAAAGACUCUAAGAGAUCAUCAUAUCGUUAA